CGCAAACAACACAGGGUAAAUAUUUUCCAGCCUUGUUUAGCGGCUGUAUGCGUGGUAAGGGCGCACCGUAUCAUUCGGAAAGUGUUUGCAGAGCCAAGGUCAAUUCGUGCUGGGUCCAAAUUGUUUAACUUAUCGAGGACCAUUUUACAUUCUGCGGCCAUGUUUUAAAUUAUCGAUGACAUCAAUCGCUUUGGAAGCAGAAGCCAGCCCCGUUCGUCCGCCUCCAAUCAGAUGAUAGCAGGGACGAGCUAGGAGACUGUUAUUGUUUCACUGGGCUGGAUCAAAGUUGUGUAGAGUGGAGGGUUGCUUCGAAGGCAGGUGAACGCGCAGAAGACUUAAACGCGCAUACACUUGGGCAAUCUUUUUAUUUGCAAAGCUCGCCUUAAAAGCGUUUUUCUUUGCUCGACCAAUAUGGUGACCCUCUCCUCAAUAAUACGACCAGUCGGUCGGCUGCUCCAUCGACAGCUAUCCAGACAAGGCAAGGGUCAGCGGCUGGUCCCAGUGAGAAGAUGUAACCUCACCGCAUGCUCCAGCAAAUAUGUGCUUUCACACAUGCAUCCAAUGUGGCAGGAGCCCCUGGCCAUCCCGGGAGGUGACCGCCAGUCCCCUAUUGACAUUGUGGUUCGGAAGAGCCUGUUUGACCCCCAUCUGAAGCCCCUGGUCCCCGCGUACGACCCCCAGACCUGCCAGCAGAUCUGGAACAACGGAUACUCCUUCCUGGUGGAGUACGACGACACCACAGACAAGUCCACAUUGAAAGGGGGCCCCCUGGAAGACCAGUUCCGCCUCUGUCAGUUCCACUUCCACUGGGGCGAGAGCAACGCCUGGGGCUCCGAGCACACGGUGGACAGGAAGCUGUUCCCGGCGGAGCUCCACAUCGUCCACUGGAACACGGAGAAGUAUGACCUGUUUGAAGAGGCUGUCAUGGAGGAGAACGGGUUGGCUGUUAUCGGUGUCUUCCUCAAGAUCGGAAAGAGACACGAAGGACUGCAGAAACUAGUCGACGCUCUGCCCGCUGUCAGACACAAGGACAGCACGGUGGAUUUUGAACGGUUCGACCCGGCCUGUCUGCUGCCUAGCAACAUCAACGACUACUGGACCUACCAUGGCUCCCUGACCACGCCCCCUCUGACGGAGGCCGUCACCUGGAUCGUCAUGAAGCAGCACAUCGAAGUCAGCCACGACCAGCUGGCGGUGUUCCGGAGCCUUCUGUUUACGUCUGCUGAGGAGGAGGUGCAGAAAGGCAUGGUCAACAACUUCCGCGUGCAGCAGCCGCUUCGAGGCCGACCAAUCCGCUCCUCCUUCUCACCCUUCCUGACCGGGGAAGAGCCCGCCCUCUGACCUGGAAGAGCCCGCCCUCUGACCUGGAAGAGCCCGC